AUGGCUGGAAAGAAAGCAAGCGCAAGUAGAGCUGCAAGCUCGGCGGCAAAAUUAAAAUUGUUGCAUCGUCGCCGUUCGAACAUUUUGGGCUCGGCGAUGAUGAUUAAUGACUUUAAUCGGUCAUAUGAGCCCACUCAACAGGACCAGUUAGCAACACAAAUUGCGUACCUGGAUGAGUUGUGGCGUGAUUUCCUCUCCACACAGGAGGAAAUUGAAGUUUUAGAGGACAAUUGCGCUCAACCGACUCAGCCGAUAACAAACGUACGGCUGCCGGAAAUCAAGAUUCCAGUAUUUUGUGGCAAGAUUGACGAUUGGGUUUCAUUUCGCGAUCUUUUUGUUUCGCUGAUUCAUUCUAAUCAGCAAUUGACAGCAGUACAGAAGAUGCAUUAUUUGCGAGCAUCGUUGACAGACGAGGCCGCUCGUGUGAUUUCCGCACUUGAUAUUUCUGCCGACGAUUAUCAAGUUGCGUGGAAUCUGUUGAAAGAUCGUUACGAGAAUCCAAAUAUGCUCAUUAAGCGACACAUGUCAGCUCUAUUGGCGAUCAACCCAUUGAAAAGGGAAUCCGCUUUGGGACUGUCAGAGUUGGCCGAUAGUUUCGAUCGUCAUGUUCAGUUACUCAAUAAACUCGAGACAGCUGAAGAGCACUGGAACUCGUUUCUCGUUGAGCGUUUGAGCAGUUGCCUAGAUCCUUGCACACUGCGAGAGUGGGAAACCCAUGUGGAUGAUGGCGAGCGACCCACUUACAAAGAACUCCUUGAAUUUGUUCACAAAAGAUCGCGAAUUAUAAAAACACUGAUGCUCUCCCACCCAACCAACACCCAGUCUAAACCCAAAUCGUCAAAAUCUCGCUUUACAACCCAUGUUGCAGCAGAUAACACGAAGAAGUGUCUCUACUGCAAGGAAUCGCAUCUCUUGUUUCAGUGCAGCGGUUCCAAGGCCUGA